UUAAAACUAGUAAUAAAUGUCUAUGAAAGCCUUCACAAAAAAGGACUUUCAGCAAGUCAUCGAAUUUUUAUUUCUAAAUCCGUUAUAUUAAAUAUUUUUUUGUAUUUCAACGAUAGGUGUUUAGCUGUAUAUAUUGUUGUGAAAAUGGAGGAAUAUUAUCAAACAUUACAGGGCGCAGCUGCAAUGCGCUAUGUUGCGAAAAUACAGCUUGUAAGUGGGGUAGACCCGUAUAAGUUAAAACUUAACGAUAUGGACACAAAUCCUAAAUCACUUCCUUCCGUGGAUUAUCCAGACAUAGUAAAUUAUUGCGUCUACACAAAAAGUGCCUAUACAAUGGAUGAAUUGAAAUCUUACAAAUCUCUGGAUGCAUACCACCAGUUCGUCAGCGGUUGGGUUUCUGAUUUGGGAAGCUAUGUUGUGAAUAACCGCGUCAUUGUUAAAAGCAAGGUGAGACACUCUCAGAGUAUCAGCAAGGCACCACUACAGCCUUGGAUUAUUGCAGAAAAGAGUGGAAAUAUUUUAGCUGCACACUGCAACUGUAUGGCAGGCUUGGCUGAAACAUGUACUCAUGUCAGUGCCACGCUCUUUGCAAUUGAUGCUUCUGUGCGCUUAGAAAAGAGCCGAACUGUUACUGAAGAAGCGGCAUAUUGGAUGUUACCAUCAAAUGUAAAGGAAGUAAAAUAUUCUAGGCUAAAAGACAUUAAUUUUACAUCGGCAACAAACAUGAAAAGAAUUCUUGAUAGUAAAUUAUCUCAGACACCUGUUAGACAAUAUCAAUUGCUGCCUCUUCCGUUUGUAGAACCACCCAACGCUACGGAAAUGAACAAUUUUUUUCAAAUUCUGCAUGACACUGGUGUUAAACCAAGUAUUCUGUCAAUAAUACCUGUCUUUGUUGAAUCUUACGUUCCUAGGUUUUCAUCUUCCUUGUACCCCUGGGUUUGUGUAGACCUAGAAAAGUACGGUUCGAGAGCACAACCUUCCAUACUUGAAAAAGUUAGUACUACUACAUCAGUUGGUGAAGCCGCUAUUUCCACUGCAAUGGUUACUGAAGACAUUGAUUUCAACAUUGGAUAAUUCUGUUUUUGUCAA